CGUCCGCCCCGCCGCCGGCCGGUCGCAACCUGGCCAUGUCCUGCUACAUCUACCAGCUGCCCUCCUGGGUGCUGGACGACCUGUGCCGCAACAUGGACACCCUCAGCGAGUGGGACUGGAUGCAGUUCGCUUCCUACGUGAUCACGGACCUGACCCAGCUGCGGAAGAUCAAGUCCAUGGAGCGGGUGCAGGGCGUUAGCAUCACCCGGGAGCUGCUGUGGUGGUGGGGCAUGCGGCAGGCCACCGUCCAGCAGCUCGUGGACCUCCUACACCGCCUGCAGCUCUACCGUGCCGCCCAGAUCAUCCUCAACUGGAAGCCAGUUCCUGAACUUAAGUCUCCCAUUCUCUUCCCGGACACUGUGAAGCCAGGAAGUCCUUUGGCAGCUUCCGUGAGGAACACCACAGAUGAGCAGAAGAGGCAGCCUGUGCAGCCGGCCACCUUCCCGGGCCCAGGGUCUGCUCCAGCCGGAGCCACCCAGCAGUUCUUUCUCCUGCCUCUGUCUGAAGAAGAUGCCCCACACUCCUUAAAAACCAGCCUCCCUGCUUCAUCUGAUUCAAAGGAUUUCGGCACCUCUAUUCCUAAGCAGGAAAAACUUUUGAGCCUGGCUGGAGACAGCUUUCUCUGGAGUGAGGCAGACGUGGUCCAGGCAACCAACGACUUCAACCCAAACUACAAAAUCAGCGAGGGUACUUUUGCUGUCAUCUACAGAGGGCAAAAGCAUGGCACGCCCUUCGUCUUCAAGAAGCUCAAGGAGGCGGCCUGCUCAAGCCCAGGAUCAGUCGAAAGAUUCUUUCAGGUGGAGGUACAGGUGUGUCUUAGAUGCUGCCACCCCAACGUCUUACCUCUGCUCGGCUUCUGCACUGGAAGCCGGUUUCAUGGCUUGAUCCACCCGUACAUGGCAAAUGGUUCGUUACAGGACAGACUCCAGGGUCAGGGCAGCUCAGACCCCCUGCCCUGGCCCCUGCGUGUUCAAAUCUGCUUAGGGCUGCUCCAAGCUGUGGAGCACCUGCAUGGCCUGGAGAUCAUCCACAGUAACAUCAAGAGCUCCAACGUUUUGCUAGACCAAAACUUCACCCCCAAGCUGGCUCAUCCAAUGGCUCACCUGUGCCCUGUCAACAAAAGGUCAAAAUACACCAUGAUGAAAACCCACCUUUUCCAGGCCUCAGCUGCAUAUCUGCCAGAAGAUUUCAUCAGGGUGGGGCAGCUGACAAAGCGAGUCGACAUCUUUAGCUGUGGAAUAGUGUUAGCCGAGGUCCUCACUGGCAUGGCUGCGAUGGACAAUGACCGAAGCCCGAUUUACCUGAAAGAUUUACUCCUUAGGGAGAUUCCAAGUAGCACCACCUCGCUCUGCUCCAGGAGGAUGGGCGUGGAGAAGGUGAUGGCAAAGAAGAUCUGCCAAAAGUACGUGGAGCAACGUGCGGGGAGGUUGCCAGAGGACUGCGCCGAGGCCCUGGCCACCGCCGCCUGCCUCUGCCUGCAGAGGCGCAACGCCAGCCUGGCCGAGGUGUGUGGCUCUGUGGCUGCCAUGGAGAAGCAGCUCAGAAGUCAGGAGACAUCGCUCCCUUGGAGUGGGCUUUCCAAGGGUGUGGGCACCUCCUCUAACACCCCAGAAGAAACAGAUGAUGUGGACAAUUCUAGCCUUGAGGCUGCCUCCUCCACGAGGGAAGCACCCUGGGUGGGGGCUGCGUCCUCACCUCUACCCGCAGAGAAUGGAGAAGGAAGACCAUGGGGCAGUGGGGAAAUGGAGACCAAUUCCCCAUCUGAGGCCUGUGCCAGCCAAGCGCCUCCCCAGGAUGCAGCUACAGAAACUUCAUGGAAAAUCGAGAUCAAUGAGGCCAAAAGGAAGCUGAUGGAGAACAUACUGCUCUACAAAGAGAAGCAACUGGACAGCAUUGAGCUUUUUGGCCCCUGAUGUCCAGGACAAAGCUGAGGACCCUUGUCCUUAAUUGGAAAGAUAAGAGUUAAAUCAAGAAAAAGAUCUGAAAUCAAAGACUCAAGGAAAGAAUUAGUCCAAAGGACUAAUGAACCACAUGAACCACAGUCUCCACUAGCCUGAAACCAGAAGAACUAGAUGGUGCCCGGCUACCACUACUGACCGCUUUGAUUGGGAUCACAAUAGAAGGUCUUGGACAGAGUGGAAGAAAAAUGUAGAACAAAAUUCAAAUUCAUAAAAAAGACUAGACUUACUGGUCUGAUAGAAACUGGUGAAACCCCUGAGGCUAUGUCCCUUAGACACCCUUCAAACCUGGAACAGAAUAUAUUCCUGGUAAUCACCUUUCAGCCAAACAAUAGACAGGCCUAUAAAGUGAACAGUAACAUCUAUGAGGAAUGUGCUCCUCAGAACAAUCAAC